CGUUGAGAGAAUUCCUCACUGCCUCCGUCGGCCACGUUGCGACCCGCCACCACGAUGGAAGAAGACAGAGUGAUUCAAGCUGUUGAGGCAAUGUAUGCGUCCACGUCGACAGGCCAGACACGUAGUGCCGCCGAUGCGUUCCUUCGUUCCUUCCAGUCGAGUCCGAGCGCGUUCGCAGUCAGUUGCGCGUUCUUGGCGGCCGGGACCCGCGCCAACGCAGUCGUCCAGAAAUUUGCCGCCCAAACCAUCAGCCACUUGACGCUGACACCGGCCGAAGUGUCGCAGCUGUCGUCGCUGUUUGCCCUGCACCACCACGAACGCGACAUCGUCCGCCUCCUCGGGACGGCGCUGGUGCGCAACAUGGAAGCCGGCCAGGGCCUAGACUGGCUCAUUCAAGGUCCAUGGGAUGCCGACGUCCGUAUUUCACUCCUCACACUGGCUGCCGUCGAAAGCGUGGCGUAUACUGAAGCGCAGAACGUCAUAGUGUAUCUUGGCAGCACUGGCGCCACGUCCAAAGACACGUUGCUAUGCAUGGCCGAGUGGGUCAAGCUCCUCGACCGCGACGCGCGCCAUCCAGAUCUUGUGAUUCAGAACCCGCUGACCACGAACGCAAUUCACGUCCUGAAGCGCGGCCUCGACGACACGUCCGAAUUGUUUGACGCAGCCGUCGACCUGAUUGUGGAAGUCAUUCGAACGUACAACUCGACCUUGGUCGAUCUCCCCGUCAUUCAAUGGCUCAUUCCACAGCUCAUGCAGCUCAAGCCGUUGCUCACGUCUGCCGUGGCUCAAGGUACGUGGUGUAGAUGAGAGGUCGUUCGGUGGGCUACUGCCAAGGGCGUCGAUCUUUUGUGUGAAAUUGGGCUGGCGUGAAACGUGUCGCAUUGUCCUGUUCGGACAUGCGGCGAGUCGGCGUAUCAUGCCACGGCAUCCUGUGCCCUCGUGGUGACAGCACUGUCGCCCACGGCAGGACUGGGCACAACGAAAACGGAGUUGGCAAGCUCAUGCGUUGUCGGCCUUCGGCAAUACCCACCACCCACACCUAGCUCCACUCAAUUGGGUGGCUGCCGUGCAGCAACGACACUGUUUGGCACGAAUAGGACGUUGCGACCAUUGCAAGUGGCAUCGGCGGAGGAUGAACAAUCGAUCGCUCUCUCGCGACGACCGAUGCCACCCUCGUUGUCGAUGCUCGCUAGCUGCAUGAUAUAUCGUGGUGGUGUUUCUACAUGGUCUGCCCGCCUCGACGUGCGAGACAUGGGCAAUCUCUGGCUGCGCCUUGCCUUGUGGAGGAUGUCCCAACUCCUCUCUUUUUGUAGAUCACGCAGAGUGCUGCAUGGGCCUCACGAGAGUGUUCACGGAAAUGGCCGAAGUGUACUUGGACAUUUUGCUGGGCGAUUCCCCGAUGAAUCAAGUGAUGAUGGUGGAUACGCUGCUGGAAUGCAUGACGUUUCCCGACGCCGACGGUACGACCAGUUGUGGAGUCGUGGCUGUGGCAUGCCGACCCUGUCGACGUCGUCAUGCGCGGGGGUGUUUGUGUGUUUUCUAGUGGCCGAAGUUACGAUCCCGUUCUGGUUUGCGUUCACGGAAGCAGUGCGGUUCACCCAAGACGCGGCGCAAAAGCAAACGUUGCUCGCGAAUUUUGCGCCGAGUUUGACCAACUUGACGCGCAUUUGCAUGCACACGAUGUGUUUUCGCGACGGAUUUCUCCACCUACCUACCGACAAGAAACAAGAUUUCAAGAACUUUCGAAAGGAACUCGGCGACAUUUUGCAGGAUUGCUGCGUCCUCCUCGGCACCGAAUCCGUGCUCAACCACUGUGUCCAAGGCCUCCACUCUAUCCUCAACCAACGUGAUGCUGCGCCGGAAACGCACUGGGAAUCGAUUGAAGCACACCUGUACAGUUUUCGGUCCAUCGCCCGCCAAGUGGAGGCCCAGCUGCAAGGGCCGUCCAAGGACCCGAAUGCCGCGAAGCGCCCGCCUCUCGAUGAAACCCCCCUGCACACAAUCUUUUCGUUCCUGCCCCAAUUUCCAGCCCACCCGGCCAUCCAGUACACGUCGUGCCUCGUCAUUUCCCGGUAUGCGGAAUGGCUGGCUGGCAACGGCGCGGCCUACCUCCCAGCCUUGCUCCGCUUUGUCGAUGCGACGAUCACAACCUCCACCGCGCGACGCGACUACCAGGACUGGCAAGUGCCGACGGCGGUGGCGGCAGCGCUGCGAGGACUGUGCAUGGACUGCUGGCCGCACGUUGGUCGAGACUUGAUGCAGUACUAUGGCCAACUCCAAGCGAGCGACACGUUGCACGUAGACGACCAAGUGAUUCUCCUUGAAGGUAUUUGCAAGGGUGUGUCGGUGGGCGAACCGGCGUUGGUCGUACCUGCGCUGGAGACUCUCGUGGCUCCAAUUGUCCAUCGCAUGAAUGCAACGUUGGCGGCGGCCCAGCCAUCCGCAGCCGGCAUCCUGAAAGAUCUCUUGCGGCUCAUGUGCAUUUUCGACCACACGACGUCGACGAACCAUGGAACCGACCACCCUUUGGUCGCGCUGUCGGGGCAGCUCUUUCCGCUCUUCCAACAGACGCUGCAUGUGUUUGGGACCAACACGGAUGUUGUGGAGCGAUGCUGCCGCUGCUUCAAGCGCAUGCUGCGGAUUCCUGCGAUGGUCGUGAUGGUGCCGAGCCUGGCGCAGUUGCUGGUGCAGUGCUAUUCGGCGGCGCCGCAGUCGUCGUAUUUGUACUGUGCCAACCAAGUUGUCAAGCACUUUGGGACGAGCAACUCGGCGACGGAUUUGCGCUCGAUCUUCGACACGCUCUUCACGCAGCUCAGUCAAGCAACGUUUGUCGUGCUCAACCAGAGCUUGGUGGACCACCCCGACGUUGUCGAAGAAUACUUUUACAUGGUCGAACGCUACGUCCGGUCGUUGCCCGAGAUCACGGUGCCGCUGCUGCCGUCUAUUCUGCAGGGGUCGCUCCUGGGCCUCCAGCUACAGCACAACGACGCCACGAAAGGCGUCCUGUCGUGCCUGCAGUUGAUGUUCCAGCAACUCACCAAGCACGCAACGGACGCUACGGCGCCAACCCAAGCGUACACGGUGACGGUGGAAGCAUGGCUCGCAGCGCAGGGGCCGCAGUUGGUUCGGACGGUCUUGGGCGGAGUCAUGGGCCAUUUACCGCCAACCCGCGUCGACGCGGACUAUGGGUCGUGUGCGGGCGUGCUCGUGUGUUUGGCGCAGUUGAGUGGGGCUCCAUUGCGGGAAUGGAUGGAAUCGGCGCUGACGACGUCGACGGCAGAUCUGGCCAUGUUUGGUACGCUGGACGCCACGGGCCGACUGCCUCGUGAAGACAAGGCUCAGUUUAUCCAAGGACUGUUCAGUGCUCCCGACGAAUCGUCGUUUCGCCGCACGGUGCGGCACUUUUCCAAGUUGUGUCGGCAGCGCGCCGUGGUUGUCUAGUUCGCUGGUCGACAACAUCCAUCUGUAACAAAGACAACUGCACCGUUG